AUGCAAGGGCAUUAUUCUGGUUUGAAAACACGUAUACAAGAAGAAAAUCCUCGUGCAAUUUACGUUUGGUGUUCCGCCCAUAUUUUCAACUUAGUUGUAGUUGAUACUUGCGACUGCUGCUUAGAAACAAAGUCAUUUUUUGGCAAUAUCAGCUCAUUGGUAGAAUUUAUGCGAGCUAGAAAGCGAACUGCAAUAUUCUUGAAAUGGCAAGGAGAAUUGUACUCACAAGAACAGAAACGUCGAUUAAAACGAUUUUCAUCUACAAGUUGGUCAUCACAUGAUAGGGUGUUAAUUGUGGUGCAAGAGAAAUAUUUCGCUUUGUUAAAAACUUUAAAUGAAUUGACCACACUAAAGGAUUCUGACCGGGAUAUGAUAGUUAAUGAUGCUAAGUUAUUUGUACAUGAUAAAAAUCUAGAAGAAAAAGAUUUUAAACAGACAAGACCAAGGAAAAUAAAAAUGAUGUCUGGAGAAAAAACGAGAGAUGAAAUUUCUUCAUCGCCUAGUGAUAUGUUCCGAAGAAAUGUUUAUUACAAAGUGUUAGAUGCUAUUAUUACAUCUAUUACUGUAAGGUUUAGUGACUCUAGAGAAAUACUUAAAGAUUUGUGUUUACUGUCUCCUGAGCGAUUAAUGACAACGAAUGAAAACAAAUUACCACAAAAUGCUUUUGAUAAUCUGCAAAAAUGGAUUGUACAUAUUGACAAAAUUGCAUUAAGAACUGAAUAUUUAACAUUUAGGAAAAGCUUAAGUGAACUACUAAAUGGUCAUGAACUUAAAUUCAAUUAUUCUACACCAAAUUAUGAAAAUAGUCAUAUAAGUUCUGAUGACAGCCCAAGCCCAAGUUCAGAUGAAAAUGAAGAAAAAACAGAAGACAACAAUGAACAACUUUCAUGUAUAAAAAUACUUGAGCUAUUAUCAAGUUAUGGUUUAAUUGAUGCGUUUCCAAAUUUAUAUAUGGCCUACAAGUCAUUGAGUACCAUUCCAAUAUCAUCGGCUUCUGCUGAGCGUAGUUUUUCAAAAGUGAAAUUGAUAAAAAAUAGAUUGCGAUCCUCAACAGGGCAAAGCCGUUUGGAAAGUCUUUUAAUUCUGAGUACUGAAAAAGAUAUUCCUAUUGACAUAAACAGUGUCAUUGAUCAAGUUGCUCUAUCUUCAGAGAUUAAUGUUUUCUUAAAUUGUUUUUAA